AUGGAUCCGCCAUUGACAAAUGAAGCUUCAUUUACAGCAGGGUUCAAUCCAGCUUCGUAUAGUUUGGUUGAGUUACUGUCCUUUCCGAUGGGCAGUGGAGGAGGAGGAUUGGGGCUGAGAAUGGGGAGUUUUGGUGGCACUGGAGAAGUUUUUAGAGUAGGAGAUGCUUCGGUUGAGGAAUCCACCGUGACGGACCAGAGCGGCGGGGGCGUUGGGAAGAGAAGAAUGGAUAUUGGGAAUUUUCAUGAAGAUGAGUCCUCUAAGCUUGUUUCCACUAGCAGUGCUAACAGUGAUUUGAAUGAGCGGAAUGGUAAACGAAUGAAACCAUCAGGAUCCAUAGAUGAAAAUGGUGGCUCAAAGACGGAAGCAGAAGCAAAUUCAGGGACUAGUAACAAGGGAGCUGAAGAGAAGAGUAAACCCGAGCCACCCAAAGAUUACAUCCACGUUAGAGCGAGAAGGGGCCAAGCCACCGAUAGCCACAGUCUAGCUGAGAGAGCUCGGAGAGAAAAGAUCAGCGAGAGGAUGAAAAUUCUGCAAGACUUAGUUCCUGGAUGUAAUAAGGUUAUUGGAAAAGCUCUUGUUCUUGAUGAAAUAAUUAAUUACAUCCAGUCACUACAGCGUCAAGUCGAGUUUUUGUCGAUGAAGCUUGAAGCAGUUAAUACAAGGUUGAACCCUACAAUCGAAGGGUUUCCUUCCAAAGAAUUAGCAGCACCAUCUUUUGAUGCAACUGGAAUGAUUUUUGGCUUACAAGCACCAAGAGAAUAUACUCAAGGACCACAAGUCGAAUGGCUCGAUAUGCAGAUAAUUGUUGCUUCUGUGUACAAGAGAAGUCUUGAAUUUGGAGUCAGUAUCGAUUUAUCAGUAGAUUUGAACGUGUCGUUUCUUGUGGGACCUAACAGAAUUUACUGUACUUUGUAA